GCUUGUCUGCUGCGCGCCCACCAACCCCUGCUGCCGACUCCGGACUGGAACAGAGGGCGGGAAAGUCGUAUCCAAGAUGCAGAAGUGCUUCGGGAUUUUUUGCUUGUCGCUCGUCCUCUGCGCGACGCUCUCCGAGACCAUCGGCUUGGUCAUUGCGGCGAAGGAGAAGCGCGGCUGGACUCUGAACAGUGCUGGCUACCUGUUAGGUCCCCAUGGAAUAGAUGGACACAGGACACUAGGAGACAAGCCGGGUCUGGCUGGCAAGAGGGACAUGGGUCAGGAGGAAGACUUCAGAACAGAUGCCCUAAGAAUAGCAGAUGAAGACAUCAUCCACACCAUCAUUGACUUCCUGUCGUACCUCAAACUUAAAGAGAUGGGUGCGUUGGACAGCCUGCUUUCCUCUGUGACAUCAGAAGAACUGGCCAAUCCUUAAUGGGUCUGCCUCCCUGCUGUCAACCUUCCUCCAUCCAAGUCUGUCUAUUUCUGCUGUCUAGGCUCACACUGCCCUAAAUGUCACCCUACUGUUGCUCCAUUCAAACUCCGACACUGGCUUUAUCCUGGCACCAAAGAUCUGAUUCUUUAAUUCUUUGUGACAGAAAUUGAUUUUCCCCCCAAUAAAAAUAUCAGACCUUUCUUCUCCUGUGUAAAUAAAACUCAAUCUCUAAUGGGGAUCAGUGAGUGUUUGCUGACUGUACUGUCUAAGUAAUACAGACCUCUGAUCAGAAACCAACACUGUAUUAUCAUCUAAAUAUACUACCAUCUGAUUUAAGAGAUUGGAAUGAAAUAAACACACAAAUGGCACUGGACAACUUGAAUUUUUUUUCACAUUUUGUACUAGUUACUGAAAUCUUUGUUGAAGCUAUAAAACUCGUACCAUCAAC